ACUCGACUUGUGUAGAUGUUAGUACCCACCCGGAGUUUUUUAAAGGACGGACACAAGGACAGGAAAUUCCGACAUCAGCGCAAUGCUCAAACUUCGAUAAUUGCUGACCGCCUAAUUGCGAUUUGUUUUACCAUGUCUGUUAUAUUAAAUGCUUUGAAUAGUGAUUCUUACAUUGAUAUUAGUCAGUACAGAGACCAGCAUUUUAAGGGCAAUCGCUAUGACCAGGAGAAGCUACUGAAGCAGAGCCACACCUUGUAUGUGGGAAAUCUCUCCUUCUACACCACUGAGGAGCAGAAAUUAUGAGACAAAGAUGAAUAAUCUAUGACUUUCUUUUCAAGUCCCCAAAAGUCCUGUGACUCUAGU